AUGUUCAUCCUUUGGUACAUCUCAUUUAGCUACACAUCGUCUGAUAUCAUGGUGGAGAAUGAAGUCCACUCUAGUUUUGUCCAGAGAAGAUUGAGGGGUCAUGAACGCAAAGAGAUUCAAAAAGAGAUCUUGUCUAUUUUGGGUCUUCAGCACAGACCACGGCCAUAUUUACGUGAGAAACAGAAAUCUGCACCCAUAUUCAUGAUGGACUUAUACAAUGCAAUGAAUGUUGGAGGGAAUAUUGCUGAACAUUUGCAAAACAAUAGCAAGCCAUUCUUCUCCACAGAAGAACCACCUCUGUCAAACCUACCUGAAAGCAAAGUUCUUGUUGAUGCAGACAUGGUAAUGAGCUUUGUUAAUUUAGUUGAGAAUGACAAGGAAUUAAAUAAAAAAUGUUGUCGCAAGGAAUUCAGGUUUGAUCUCACUGAAAUUCCAAAUGGAGAAGAAGUAACAUCUGCUGAGUUCAGAAUAUAUAAAGAAGACACCUAUAACAAUGAGACAUUCCAGAUUAGUAUUUACCUGGUGCUUAAGGAACAACCAGACAAAGAAUCAGACUUAUUCCAGCUUGAUACCCGAAUGAUCUGGGGUGCAGAUAAAGGAUGGUUGACAUUUGACAUCACUGCAACAAGUAAUCAUUGGGUUACAAAUCCACAAUAUAACCUUGGAUUACAGUUAUCUGUUGAGAGUAUGGAUGGGAAAAGUAUAAAUCCUAGACAAGUAGGUCUUAUUGGUAGCAACGGUCCCCAAGACAGGCAGCCAUUUAUGGUGGCUUUUUUUAGAUCCACAGAGAUUCGUAUCCGAAGUAUUCGAUCUACUGAUCAUAAGCAAUGGAAUCAAGAUAGAAACAAGGUUUUCAAAGAACAUGAAGACCUUCCUGUUGUUAAUAUCACAGACAGCAUGAUGAGCAGCAGUAGCAGUAGCAGUAACCGUUACAAAAGACAAGCAUGCAAGAGACAUGAGCUUUAUGUUAGUUUCCGUGAUCUUGGCUGGCAAGAUUGGAUAAUUGCUCCAGAAGGAUAUUCUGCUUACUAUUGUGAAGGGGAAUGUGCUUUUCCAUUGAACUCCUUUAUGAAUGCAACAAACCAUGCAAUUGUGCAAACUCUGGUGCAUUUUAUUAACCCUGAGGCUGUUCCAAAGCCAUGCUGUGCUCCAACAGAACUCAAUGGAAUUUCAGUCUUGUACUUUGAUGACAGUUCUAAUGUUAUUUUAAAGAAAUAUAGAAACAUGGUAGUUCGAGCAUGUGGUUGUCACUAA